AUGGCUGACAAGUUGAAGAACGGAGAAGACAAUUCACUUAAAGACAUCAUUACUGCAGCUGAUAAAGGCCAGCUCGAUGUUGUCACAGCACUGUUGGACAAAGGAGUAGAUCCAAAUACCGUUGACGAAGUUGGAGAUACGGCUCUUCACAAUGCAGCAAAAAAGGGUCAUUGGGAUAUCGCUCGUCUUCUACUGGAGCGAGGUGCAUCACCUCUAAGCCGGAAUGGCAACGAUUCGCUUCCCCUUCACGUGGCUAUAAGGGCAGGACAUACACAAGUUGCUCGCCUACUCCUUGAAUGUGAUCCUUCCACCUACAACUGCAAGGAAGGAAGACCAUACGAGCCCAUUCAUAUUGCCGCCGUCAAUGGGCACGCCGAAAUUGUCCAAUUACUCAUCGACUACAAUGCCUCAACUCUGACUACCCCCAAAGAUCACGCAACGGCUCUACACUUAGCGGCCCACAAAGGACAUUACGACGUUUGCGAAAUCCUUGUAAAGCACGAUAAAAAGCUUGACCGAUCGUUGUGGGAACGUUUGACUGGUCCCAGCCUGGAAGUCUACGCAAGGGACUACACUAAAAAUACGCCCUUGUCGCAUGCAGUUUUCAUCAAGAAUAAGCAGAUUGUCGAGCUCAUUUUACACCAUCAUCCAGAUUUGGGCAAUUCCCUCGAUGCACGCAAGGAAAUGCUUUUUCACCGAGUAAUAAGCUCGGGCAACAUUGGCAUAGCUGAAGCAUUCUUGAAUAACGGCACAGAUAUUGAAAUGAAGGAUAGCUAUGGCCGUGGAGCCCUUCAUGUUGCGGUCGCUGCCCGGCCUAUCUCUCGUUUCUCCAAUGAUACAGACCCUGAGAUGAUUCGAUUUCUCCUCGCACGCGGGGCCAUGGCUGAUGCCAAGACGAAGGAUGGGUAUAAGCCUGAAGAUCUGACCCGGGAGGCAAAGAUCAAGAUGAUGUUACGAACUUCGGCAAAGCCGCAGUCUCUGGGUCAGCCUGGGCCUCUAGCGGCUACAAGUUCUACCCCGCCACCUGAGUAUAAGCCAUGA